GACAUCUGCGCCAGCUGCAUCGGCGAGCGCGGCCAACUUAGCGAAGGCCGGUUCCGGUUUGGUCAUUUUUCUAAUGACCGGCUGCGUACAUAGACGCGUAAUUACCGAAGAUUUAAAUCGGAAGGCAUCGAGCGCUAUUGGCGAUUUUUUUAUUGUUGUAGCAAAUAUUUGGGUUGGUUUUGUUGCCUUCAAGGCCUUGUUCUUUGCUUCGAAGCAGACAGCCAGUUUGCUUCGACCAAGUCCUUCGCAAGCCGCAGCUUGUCCAGCGGAGCACCCCUACAGGCCCUCUCGGCCAGCGGAGCACCCUCUCCGGCCCUCACGGCCAGCGGAGCACCCCUGCACCGGCCCUCUCGGCCAGCGGAGCACCUCUCCGGCCCUCACGGCCAGCGGAGCACCCCUGCACCGGCUCUCUCGGCCAGCGGAGCACCUCUCCGGCCCUCACGGCCAGCGGAGCACCCCUGCAACGGCCAGCGGAGCACCUCUCCGGCAAUCUCGGCCAGCGGAGCACCUCUCCGGCCCUCACGGCCAGCGGAGCACCCUGCACCGGCCCUCUCGGCCAGCGGAGCACCUCUCCGGCCCUCACGGCCAGCGGAGCACCCCUGCACCGGCCCUCUCGGCCAGCGGGGCGCCUCUACAGGCCACUGCCUGGCCAGCGAAGCGCCUUUAGGUGCCAACUUUAACUCUCUGCCAUCAUCAUCAAAUUGUUUUGUGAAAUCAUUCUCUAAUCGUCGAUUAAAAGUGUUGUGAAAACCAAACAAUGAUUUAAACUAAAUCACUCUUGCAAUUUGAAACAAACAAAAUCUAAUUUAUCUGUUAAAAUAAAACG